AGCUGAUAACCCAUCAAACGAGAAAAGCUUCCUCAACCCGAAGAAACGUGCACCCCAACCAAACGGGCGCCAGGCACAAGCUCCUUUUCGGAACUUUUCGCCCUUGAGAGCCCGUCCACAGCUUCUCACAAUUACAAAGAGCUUUCUUGUCGGGUCCAUCCAUCAUAGACAACAAUCCAUCAUCAGAACCACUCAAGAUGAGAUUUUCGUCCGCCCUUUUUGCUUCCCUGGCUCUGACUGCCUGCCAGGGAUUUGUUCUGAAAACACCUACAACUUCGCCCCUGCAGCAGCACACACAACAACUGCGACAGGGCUCGUCCUUGAAUAUGGUAGCCUCCGAGUCCCUCAAAGCACCAGGAACGGCCAAAAUGGAUACCCCCUGGAAUGAGCUAGGCUUUGAAUUUCGACCCACCAACAGUCAUAUCCGACUCACCUUCAAGGAUGGGGAAUGGGGAAAGCCAGAACUUGUCAAGGAACCCUAUAUCAAUCUACACAUUGGAGCUACCGCCCUGCAUUAUGGUCAGGCAUGUUUUGAAGGUCUCAAAGCAUUCGCUCAUGAAGAUGGAUCCGUCAAUAUCUUUCGACCCGACGAAAAUUCCAAGCGCAUGCAAAAUAGUUGUGAACGAACUCUCAUGCCCGCGAUUCCCACCGAUGUCUUUGUCAAUGCCUGUAAAGAGGUCGUACGCGACAAUAUCGAGUAUGUGCCACCCUACGGAUCCGGUGGAGCACUCUACAUUCGGCCACUUUUAUUCGGCAGUGGACCCAAAAUUGGAUUGCAACCGGCCGACGAAUACACCUUUUUGAUCCUCGUCAUUCCCGUGGGAGAUUAUUACAAGGGUGGACUCUCGGCACCCGUCGAUGGAUUGUUGAUUGAAGACUUUGAUCGAGCAGCACCUCGUGGGGUGGGCAAUGUCAAGGUCGCGGGAAAUUAUGCCGCCGAUCUGUUGCCAAACAUGUUGGGGAAAAAGAAGGGAUUCCCCAUUGGACUCUACCUCGAUGCGGCCACACAGUCUAUGGUGGAAGAGUUUAGUACCAGCAACUUUGUCGGAAUCAACAAUGAGGCCAACACAUUUGUCACACCCAAAUCACCUUCCGUCUUGCCAUCCAUCACCAACAAGUCCCUAAUGACCAUUGCCAAAGACGAAGGAUUGAAGGUAGAAGCACGCGACAUUCCUGUAGAAGAAUUGGACCAGUUCGAUGAAGUCUUGGCCGUGGGAACGGCAGUCGUGGUGACACCGGUGGGCAGUAUUACACGGUUUUUGGAAGAUGGAUCCGAGAAAAAGUAUGAAUUUGGAGAACAGAAUGGUGAAAUUGGAGAAACAACACUAAGACUGUACAAGAAAGUCAGGGAUAUUCAGAAUGGUGAAGUCGAAGAUACAUACGGAUGGAAUGUAAAGGUCAACUAAGAAAAGCAGCAGGAAGCACACCUUGUUUGCCUGCCUGCCUUCGCGAAAUAUCCCAACAACAAUCUGGCUUUGAAGAAGCAAAAUCUAUAAUCUACACGGAGACUCCAACUCAUGUUGCGUUCAUCGUAUAGUACCGAGUACAUGUACCCCACUGGCUACCGGCACGAGUAAGAUGGUUUGAAGCAUUACAGAACACACGCAACCCGCACCCGUACAAUCCCACUAGCGGUAUGGCACCGCACACUCCUUCAAAGCUUCGAACUUGGACUAGAUGACUACUAGUUACGGAAGCUCGCAUAGCGCAUCCGUUUCUCGUCGUGUUGGAUUAUUUUUAAUUGCUCUACUGCAUUCUCACAAGACCCGCCAACGUCGUUUGUAUGGCGAAGAAUGUCGUGGACGAGGAGCUCCCUUGAGCUCGAUUUGUCAUCCGCUGAAACGGCGCUCUCCCAUCUUUCUCAGUCCUCGGUGCAACCCCCGAAGGAAGUCAUGCGUACAGUACGCUUUUCUUCACUCGAUCGUCGCGUUCGACUCCACAGCUGCUUUCUCGGCUUCUGCUUCCUGUUCCUUUGGGCGAGUCAUCCAUGCUGGCGAGUUCAAGUGCAUUCGGUGGCCAGUGGCCCGAACUUGCAGGUUCUCGUCUUCAUUUACUGUCAUUGGCUGGAUUUCUGUCUGUUUUGGUUCAGCAACGACGGCUCCAAGCACAGCAGGAACUUGUGGGCCUUCCGGGAUACCUGGAGGACUUGGAGGACUGGAGUUCUGGUUGUGUUCAGCAACGAUGGCUCCAAGCACAGCAGGAAAUUGUGGGCCUUCCGGGAUAGCUGGAGGACUGGAGUUCUGGUUGGGAUCAGCAACGACGGCUCCAAGCAC